GUGCCCAGUUAUUUCUUCAGCGCAACGAGUGUUGGCUUUUUCGUUUUUUUUUUCAUCUAGCACGAUCACCUUCCGAUUGAAUCCAUCGCGCCGAGCAGCCUUUUGCUCAACAUCUCGUCUCAGUCAGCCGUUAUUCGUCGGAUUGAUCAGUUAUUUGGUCCGAUCCUUUGAAAAGCAUAAGAAUUUCUAUUUUCCUUAGUGUUUCUUUCGAGUUGUUCCAUACAUUUAGAAAUUAAUUAUGGCUGAUGAUGAGGCAAAGAAGGCCAAACAGGCCGAAAUCGAGCGUAAACGCGCUGAAGUGCGUAAGCGUAUGGAGGAAGCCUCUAAGGCUAAGAAGGCCAAGAAAGGUUUCAUGACACCAGAAAGAAAGAAGAAACUCAGAUUGUUGUUGCGUAAAAAAGCCGCUGAGGAAUUGAAGAAGGAACAAGAACGCAAAGCUGCCGAACGUAGACGCAUCAUUGAAGAACGAUGCGGCAAGCCCAAGAUGAUUGACAACGCCAACGAAGCACUAUUGAAGGAUAUUUGCAAAGAAUAUUACGAGCGAAUGUAUUUAUGUGAAGGCCAGAAAUGGGAUCUUGAACAUGAAGUCCGAAAAAGAGAUUGGGAGAUCUCGGAACUGAAUGCCCAAGUCAACGAUCUUCGUGGCAAAUUCGUUAAACCAACAUUGAAGAAGGUUUCCAAAUACGAGAACAAAUUUGCCAAGUUACAGAAGAAGGCCGCCGAAUUCAACUUCCGCAAUCAACUCAAAGUUGUCAAGAAGAAGGAAUUCACCUUGGAAGAAGAAGAUAAGGAGAAAAAACCAGACUGGUCCAAAGCUAAAGAUACUAAGGUAAAGGAAGAACAUCACGAAGAAGUCGAAGCUGAAGCAUAAAUUUAGUUUCUGUAUGAAUUUAUGUUGCAAUAUCACCAUCAUUAAACCAAGCAUUGAGUAAAGAUGAAUUGAUUUGAGAGAAAGAGAGUUGAAGUUGCAAAACUUUUACCAUGAAUUAUUUAUGCAAUUAUUAAUAUAUAUACACUUAUAUCUUUGAUGAUUAUGUUUAUUUUAUUUAUUAUAAAUGUAUAACAUCUCUAUUGUACUUUUUUAUGUUUUCAAUGUUUCUUUGAUUUGAUUUCAAUUUUCAUUUUCAACUUUGUCAAUUUUUAUUUCUUUUUGCUUGCCUUCAAACCAAGAAGAUCGCAAAUACUCGAAAGAACAUUAAAAAAACACAAAAAAAAUACCAAAAACAAAAAUUAAAUAAAAUUUUUAAGUGAAAAUAGAACAUUUCUGAAUUGAAUUUGGCAGCGAUGGGGAACAUCUUAGUUGAAUUCAAUUUGUUUAAUGAAUUUUCUUAUCAUCAGGUAAAAGAUUUGAUCCAACAAUGUACAUCAUCUUUUUAUAAACAAAUAAAUCAUAAUUGUAUCAAUUAACAAAUAAAAAUCAUUUGUCGUGUCAUAUGUGAGGUUGAUUGAAUGUUAGAUCACAUUGUAGACGAUCAUCAACUGACAGUAACAUAAAAUCAUCAAAUACUAAAUAAAGUAGAAAUGAUGUUCUCAUGAUUGAUGACUUCUCAUGUUAUAAAGCAUUCAAAAUAUAAAAGUCAAAUCAGAAUUCAUUAGAUUUCAGGAAUGUCAUACUUAUGUAGCUU